CAUAUUGUUUUAUAUCACAAAAUACAACAAACAUUAAAUAAGAGUGAAAAAUAUCGUUUUCUCAAAAUUAAAUUUUCCUAGUUAAAUAAAUAUUUUGUAAAAAACCUUUAAGUUUUUUUCAAGUGAUAAAUCUUUUGAAAUUAUUGUGCCGAAGAGUACAAUAUUCUUACAUGUCAUUAAUUGUUUUCGAUUACCAUCUGGAACAGGUUAAAGAAAGUAUAAUUUAAAUAGUUACAAAUAUACCAAAUUACUGGACAGUCAUGAAAAUGGUGCUGUCACAAAGGCAACGUGAAGAAUUAAAUAAAGCAAUUGCUGAUUAUCUUAGUAGCAAUAGUUAUCAUAACGCCUUGGAAGGAUUAAAAAAAGAUGCAGAUAUGCCCGGUGAAGUAGAAAAUAAAUAUGGUGGUUUACUUGAAAAAAAAUGGACAUCUGUAAUUAGAUUGCAAAAAAAGGUAAGCGAGCUUGAAUCCAAACUCUCUGAGUAUGAAAAAGAAAUUAAUUCUGGAGCUCCAAAAAGAGCAUUGCGUUCUCCAAGUGAUUGGAUACCAAGAGCCCCUGAAACACACUGUUUAACUGGUCAUAGAGAGACUGUUAUCAAAGUUAUAUUUCAUCCGGUUUUUAAUAUUCUUGUAUCAGCAAGUGAAGAUGCUACUAUAAAAAGUUGGGAUUAUGAGACUGGCGAGUAUGAGAGAACUUUAAAAGGUCAUACAGAAGCUAUUCAAGAUAUUGCAUUUGAUGAAAGUGGCAAACUAUUAGUUUCCUGUAGCGCUGAUAUGACUAUAAAACUAUGGGAUUUCAGUCAAACAUAUGAAUGUAUCCGUUCAAUGCAUGGUCAUGAACAUAGCGUAUCAGGAGUAUGUUUUCUUAAAGGAGGAGAUUUCAUAGUUUCUUCUUCAAGGGAUAAAACAAUUAAAAUGUGGGAAGUAAAUACAGGAUACUGUGUUAAAACAUUUACUGGUCAUCGUGAAUGGGUCAGAAAAGUCAAAGUUUCCCCCUGUGGGCAAUUUUUAGCCUCAUGUUCUAACGACCAUACUGUAAAAGUUUGGAUAAUUUCUGCAACUCAGUGUAAAGCUGAUUUACGGGGACAUGAACAUGUAGUUGAAUGUAUAGCUUGGGCACCAGCUGCAUCUUCAUCAGCAAUUAAUGAAGGAGCUGGAGUAGAUCAAAAAAAAAAUGGAUAUGAAGGUCCUUUUAUCAUAUCAGGAUCAAGAGAUAAAUCAAUUAAGAUGUGGGAUGUUGCAUCACGCUCAUGUUUAUUUACUAUGAUUGGACAUGAUAAUUGGGUACGAGGUUUAGUUUUUCAUCCGGGUGGUAAAUAUGUUAUAUCAGCUAGCGAUGAUAAAACACUUAGAAUUUGGGAUUUGGCAAAUAAACGCAAUAUGAAAACACUACUGGCUCAUGGACAUUUUUGUACCACAGUUGAUUUCCAUAGAUCACAACCAUUUGUAAUAACAGGUAGUGUAGACAAGACAAUAAAAGUUUGGGACUGCCGUUAAUAUUUUUGUUUUGUUAACAAAUUUAUAUAAUGUUCAUUAUUCUCUGCUAAUUUUAAACAGUAUCUCCACAAUGAAGUUUUAAUUUUCUAGUCUAUCAUAGAAGUGUAGGUAGUUUAUUUCCCCAAGUUUUAUUUGUAUAAAAUAUGUAGCACUGCAUUUUUUAUUUAUAAAGAAACGCUCUAUUCUUUAUGUAUUGUAGGUAUGUGUAAUUUUUAUUAUUUUUCUCAUUACUAGUUUUUAAUAAAGUUAUAGAUUUAAAAUAAAAUAUAAUUUUAUUUGAA